GCCUUGUACGGACACACCCAGGCUGUCACCUGCCUGGCAGCAUCAGCCACCUUCAGCAUCCUGGUGAGCGGCUCCCAGGACUGCACCUGCAUCCUGUGGGACCUGGACUACCUCACCCACGUGGCCCGCCUGCCUGCCCACCAGGAGGCCAUAUCUGCCGUGGCCAUCAGCGACAUCUCGGGCAUCGUUGUCUCCUGUGCUGGAGCCCAUCUGUCCCUGUGGAAUGUCAACGGACAGCCCCUGGCCAGCAUCACCACAGCCUGGGGCCCAGAAGGAGCCAUAACCUGCUGCUGCACGGUGGAGGGGCCAGCAUGGGACGCAAGCCACGCCAUCAUCACUGGAAGUCGCGACGGCAUGGUCCGGAUUUGGAAGACUGAGGACAUGAAGGGGUCUGUUCCUGGGCAGGUGACACCGGAGGAGCCCUCGGCUCCGCCCACCAGUCCGAAAGGUCACAGGUGCGAGAAGAAUCUUGCCCUGUGCAGAGAGCUGGACAUCAGUGUGGCUUUGACAGGGAAGCCCAGCAAGACCAGCCCUGCGGUGACUGCUCUGGCCAUGUCCAGAAACCAGCCCAAGCUCCUGGUAGGCGAUGAGAAGGGGAGAAUAUUCUGCUGGUCGGCAGAGGGGUAGGAAGGAAGAGAUGGCGGCGGCCUGGGCGCAGCAGCCGUGGCAGCUGCAGGAAUGAAGCUGUGCCUGGACGCCUCCCCUCUCCUCGGCUCCCGGGACCUCGGCCUUGCCCUGCACCAU